AUAAAGAUCAAGAAUGUCCAGCGAGACCAAGAGCUUGAGCGGCAUGCAGCGGCGUGCAGCUGGCAACCGCGCGCACAACCGCAUGGUGCUCCAGAAGCUGGUCGUCUUCUCGAUCCUGAUGCUCGUGGUGCCGUUGAGCACAUUUUACGGCGUGCGCAGCUUAUUCACACCAGGAGAGCCGGGCAGUCAAUACGCGGAUGCAUGGGGUGGUUUCACGGCUGUGCUGUCUGCGAAUAUCGUGAUUGGGCUCUACAUUUUGUCUGCAUGGAAAGAAGACGACGGGAAGGAGGUAGCGCCGCCAGUGGGGCGGUUUGCUAAGGCCAAGGAGCUGUAGUCGAAGUUUCUGAACUGUGCGGUUUUAAGUGACACAGAAUGCAACGUCCGUUGAAUGUUGUAGCAAUUCAUACAAGCGAGCUGGAGCAGGAA